AUGUUUGCACUGCUAUCAGAUUGUAUACACUAUGUAAUUAAAUAUAAUUCAACGAUCAAUCUCAGCGAGUGGGUGUGGGGAGACGUUUGCUUUGCCGAGCUAACACAGCCAUGUGCCCACGUAGAAAAACCCAUGCGUCAGCGAUUGUUACAAAUUAAACGAAUAAACUGCCAUUCUAACCAGACGAUUGUUUUACAAAAACACGGUUCUAUUGAAAAUAAAAGAAAAAUCGGUUCAAUUAAAAAUACAUUCAUUUACACUCUCCGUGCCUUGUUUUUCUCGUGGAAACCGGCAGCAGCACCAUAUUUAUUUACGUACAAUACGUGUCCUCAGAAUAAAGCCUUUACAAUAUGUUUUCACAAAUACUGA